UUUCGAAAAAAAUAGUGUCCUUCUUGCCGAGAUUUUUUUUUAUUAUCAAUCUAACCUCAAGUUAAGGUCAAUUUACGCCAUUGAUGCGAAAUCGAUUUAAAAAUCUCGUUUCAAAAUACAAAUUUUUGAACGAUUUCAUAGCAUUUUUGUAAUGACAGUUCCCAAGUUGUAUGUCAUUACAAGAAAUCGUUUGAAAUUGUUUCAUCCAAAUCCAAAAAUAAAAAAUAAAAAAUGCGUACUUCUAUUGUAUCUAUAUGGAACACCGGGAACACCACGUUUGACUAAAACUAAUAUUUGUGCAAAUAACUUCCCAUUAACCAUUCGAGGGUUAAAUUCUCCGCCGUCGAACCAACUUGACGUAAUUUGCAAAUCUGCGCUGGGGCAACACUUUGCUCUACUCUAACGACUACAACUUGAUUCCAGCGCGAGCAGGGAAGGUUGUGCAAGCUCCGUUCACGCCUCCUGACCAUGGGCCAAGGGGUGGUACACAGGAUGGACGGCACUGCACCAAGCGGCGGUGAAGUCUGUCACCUUUUUUUAUGCAUCCAAUUAGCAGUGCUUUUUUUUUUUUUGCUCAUGGUGCAACGCCGGCUUGGACCUCAAAGCCCGCAAAGAAGAUUAAGUUGUGGGAAAUGGUCAUGUCUGGGGCUGGUUUGUGUCCGGUGUCGUACCUCGGCUUGAUGAUGAACUACCCAUUUGGUUUUGGGUUGGUAGCUGUGAAAAUUGGUGCGUUUUGGGUUUGGUUUGGGCAAUUUACCCGAGACAAGUACGACAUUGUUCUAUCUUUCUGUGGCAAAAUUAAGCGGCAAACAGUGCAAGAGGUAAUUAAUUAAGGCAUUGAGGCUAACGCAGAUUGCUCAAUUUAAUGUCUAUUCGAGAUGAAAAUGACAGCUAACUUUGAACUUUUAACAAGAGUUAUAAAAACCCAGUCAAAUUCCAUGGAUUCAUGUUCAUUUCCAGUUGUGUUCAGGUCAAGCAAGCAUGAAUAACCACUUCCCGAAGGGGUCGUCGGCAGUUCCCGGUUUGACAAGCGCCAAACAGCCUGUCACAAACAUCGUCGGCGAGGUACAAUAAAGGAUUGGACUUGUUCUCGCUUCCGGGCAACAUUUUGACAUUUUGAUCUCUCUUCGGAAUAGGACUACACAAUCGCCUUGUGUGACAGAUGGUUGCAAGGUUCGGAGCUGCUUUGCCUUCGGGCAAGACGUACGGGGAUGUCACUUUGGGGGAUGAUGUUCCGGACAAUGGGCAGAAUUAUCCGACAUGGACUGACAGGCGUUACAUCAAACCAUUCUCGGAAGGGCCUUUUCCACCAAAAGUCCAACUUUUGCUCACAAUGCUGUGUUGUGUCAAUAGAGAGCAGCAGCAGCAGCUGCUGCCGACCCCCAGAUUCCUGUCUGACGAAGCAGAGAUACCCCGUGUCACGGUCAUCACCACCUUGUCCCCCAUCCGCAUACAUUUGCAAAGCUCCGAGGUUAUGUACACCCGUCUUCCUGGAAUCAUGCUGCUGAAACCAGAGCUCUGGUACAUGUAGCCGUUUUUCGUGUACAUCGUCUGUGCACCACGGCGCUGCUCAACAGGUCCUGGCUGAAGGGCACUCACCGGGACCCGGCCUUGGUCCACCCCCGCGCGCGGUUGGCCGUUCUCCGUUGGUCACAGACUGCGAUUCACACACUCAAGUACGUCAUUUGUGUGAAAUCGACAGAACUUGCAUCACUGCAGAAGCUGUCAAAAUUACGAUUGAUUACGUCAGAGCUUGAAGCUGAUUCUCUGAGAUCUAUGUGAUGGCAACACUGACACUGCACUUGCCUAAAUCUUCAACAGUGCUUCGUCUUCCUUUUUGUUCUAUGGUACACAUUUAACCACUUUUUGCACGUCCAAUGCCUUGGAAUCCCUGCGAACUGGAACACGUUUCGGCCGUAAAGCUCUCCCUCUUAAAGAUGUCAAAAUUAGCCCAAUGAAGUUGGUCAUGUCACAUAAAUCUCCCCAAUAACCAAAACGCACCCCCAACUGCAUACAAAGCGGGAACUCCCUUCGGAAACCCCGUCUUCGACGAGGGGUCCACACGCGGCGUACACUCUUAACCGAAAUCAGCCAAAAUAAAACUACUCAAAAUUUCAGCAAGAAAAAAAAAUCGCGCGCGCAAAAACUACC